ACGAGGAAAAAAAAAAAAAAAAAAGAAAAGAAAGAAACCAAAACAAACGCAGGCGAGCCCGAGUCCCCCGAAGGCAGGCGAGGGAAGCGAGCUGCGGGCGGCUGCUCGGCGGUGCUGGACCCGGCGGGACGCGGCAGGAAUCCCGAUUCUCUCUCCGGCACCCGGUCGGGUCGGACACAAAGUGCUGUCCAGCUGGAAUGAAUAUAUCUGAGUCUAACUACUGCCGAGAGGAGAUAUCGCAACCCCGGGGCGACUGUUCAUGGGUCACCGCCGCCGUGCCGGCCGCUGAGCCCGGGCUCGCCUUCCCGCGCCCCCCGGGAGCCGCCUCCCCCGCCAGCCGCACGCCCAGCCCCGAGCCCGGCUUCGCCUUCGGCCCCGGCCCCGGCGGCGCGGCCCCCGGCGCGGCCCCCAGCCGCACGCCCAGCCCCGAGCCGGGCUAUGGAUACAGCCCCCCGGCCGGCCGCCCCGAGGGCAAGGCCGCCGAGGACUCCCGCAUCCGCCGGCCCAUGAACGCCUUCAUGGUCUGGGCGAAGGAUGAGCGCAAGCGGCUGGCGCAGCAGAACCCCGACCUGCACAACGCCGUGCUCAGCAAGAUGCUGGGCCAGUCCUGGAAAGCGCUGAGCGCCAGCGAUAAGCGUCCCUUCGUGGAAGAGGCAGAGCGACUGCGCAUCCAGCAUCUCCAGGAUCACCCCAACUACAAAUACCGCCCAAGGAGAAAGAAGCAAGCCAAGAAAAUCAAGAGGAUGGAACCCAAUAUCCUCCUGCAUAACCUUUCCCAGCCUUGCAGUGACAACUUCAGCAUGAGUCACCAUGGCGGCAGCCAGCCGGGCCACCCCCAGCCUCCCCCACUUAACCACUUCAGAGAACUCCACUCCAUGGGGUCGGAUAUUGAAAACUAUGGCUUGCCAACUCCUGAGAUGUCUCCCUUGGAUGUCUUGGAACAGACCGAGCCGGCGUUUUUCCCUCCGCACAUGCAGGAUGACUGCAACAUGAUGCCCUUUCGCGGCUACCACCACCAUCACCAGAUGGAGUUUCCCCAGGAGAAGUGCAUGGGGCGGGACGUGGCCGUGCCCUACACGCAGACCCCCUCACACUUGGCCGACGCCAUGAGGACUCCCCAUCCCUCCAGCCUUUACUACAACCAGAUGUGCUCAGGAACUCAGAACGGGCUUUCCGCCCACCUGGGCCAGCUGUCUCCCCCUCCUGAAGCCCACCACAUGGAGAGCGUGGAUCACUUGAACCAAACCGAGCUCUGGACAGACGUUGACCGCAACGAGUUUGACCAGUAUUUGAACAUGAGCAGGACUCGUCCCGAAGCCUCGGGCCUCCCUUACCAUGUCUCCCUGUCCAAAGUGACUCCUAGAAGCAUCUCCUGCGAGGAGAGCAGUUUGAUAUCCGCCCUGUCCGAUGCCAGCAGUGCUGUUUACUAUAGCCCCUGCAUCACUGGUUAGGUUGUCCCCACCAUCCAAUGCGUGCACCAGGAGAGCCCCGACUCUCCUCUAAAAACAAAAAGCCAUUCUCCUUUAACCAUGAGCUCCAUCAUAUUUAGAGUAUCUCAUUAAAUGCAUCGCUUUCUUGUUCGUUCUUUUUUAUUUUGAUUUUUUUAAAAUUUUUUUUAGAGACAGACCAUGCUGAACUCACUGAUAUACCGUAUAACUAUAUAACACAGAUAGACGCCUUUCCCCGCCGUGCUCCCCGCUCCAGCCCUCGGCAGGGCACAUCUCCAGCUCCCACCAGCUCCAAGGGGCAUUUUCAAGCCAAUUCCAGUGAAUCCUGCCUGAAAUAAUCACACCAGGAUGAGCCAAAGUGUGACCUGUCCCCAGUAUUUAACCCAAGGACAGGUGAACUUUUAGGGGGAAAAAGCUUUUAGAAAGACUUUGCCGGGGCUGUUAAAGAGUCGGCGCCCAUUAGGGGUGGGCUUUAGGACAGUUUUUACUGUAUUCUCAGCAAUAUAUUUUAAUUGGGCAACAAAACUAUAUUUUUACUAAGCAUUUUUAUAUAUAAAAUGGUAUUUAAUGUCUUUUGGGGUUUUUUUUAUUAGACUUUUUAAAAAGAAAUCAAGGGAUAUCCAUGAGAUCUAAAGCAUUUAUGUAGCAAAGCUGGAUUUAAAGAAAAAAAAAAAAGGAAGGGGGGAAAAAAGGAGAUAUUUUGUGAAAAGGGAAUGCUAAUGUAAAUAUUGAGGAACAACUGACUGGAAUUUUGUACAAAAGAAAAAUAUGACUGCAAACACUUUUAUUGUCUAGAACUGUAUGGAGAGCAAACUGUUUUAUUCUGGUUAAUUAUUAAAACAUCUUCAUAUAAUUGUUCCCAUCUUGUGUGCUUGUUGUGUGAACACAUAUUUUCCGCAAAUACAUGUUGUCCCAACCA